UAGCUCUUUUCUACGGUCGGUGACAGCGAAUAGACUGAGCAGGUUAGGUUGUUCUAUGUUGAAAGUGUGACAGCGGCGGGAGAGGUGUUGAACCUGGCCCGUAAAGUGACCGUCUGGAGAAGGGUAAAUUGUGGCCUGAGAUCGGUAACUCUUAGAGACAUGGCAGCCCCUGCAUCUGGAAGUGGCAGAUCAACCGACAAUGGGAGCCAAAAGAAGCGGAGAGGGCCUGGAGCAUUUGCAAUCGCUUAUCUGGUCAUUUAUAAUGUUAUAAUGACAGCAGGAUGGCUGGUUAUAGCAGUAGGUUUAGUUCGCACAUAUCUUGCGAAAGGAAGUUAUCAUCAUCUUUACUAUUCCAUAGAGAAGCCUCUCAAGUUUUUCCAGACUGGUGCUUUGUUAGAGAUUGUACAUUGUGCCAUAGGGAUUGUUCCCUCGUCUGUGGUCCUCACAGCUUUCCAGGUUCUGUCUCGUGUUUUCCUAACAUGGGCUGUAACGCACAGUGUGAAAGAGGUGCAGAAUGAAGAUUCAGUUUUACUCUUUGUUGUUGCGUGGACAAUCACUGAAAUUAUACGCUACUCAUUUUAUACCUUUAGUCUUCUAAAUCACCUACCUUAUAUCAUCAAGUGGGCCAGAUACACCUUGUUCAUUGUACUCUACCCCAUGGGGGUAACUGGUGAAUUGCUGACAAUAUAUGCUGCACUUCCCUAUGUGAAGCAGACAGGCUUGUAUUCCAUCAGUCUGCCCAACAAGUACAACUUCUCUUUUGACUAUUUCACAUUUCUCAUCCUUGUCAUGAUCUCAUACAUUCCCCUUUUUCCGCAGCUAUACUUCCAUAUGCUUCACCAAAGAAGAAAAGUUAUCGGUGUGGACCGCAAGAAAUCUGAUUAACCCCAGCUCACCUAUCUCCCUUUUUUUUUUUUUUUUUUUUUCCUGAAAAAUACAGAGACCCAAAUGCUGCAGACUUUUUCAGUACAACAUUUAAUAUGAAAAUAGCUGGAUGAGGUAAAAUUCUGCAGGAAUGAAAAUACAAUUUAACUUGUUUACAUACAAACUAACAUGGUACGCUUUUUCAGCAUGCACUAUGAGACCCUUAAACAUUUUUUCUGAAAUCUUUGCUACCUUGCCUUCUUUUGUAUCCUCUAGAGUUAUGCGUUUGUUACUAAAAUCGCUUGUGAUUUAGUAUUAUAUAAAAUCUAACUAAAAAGCUAGGAUGGAAUGGGAGUUGCCCAAAGUGUACUGCAUGUAGUAUGUUUUAACUAAUGCUGCUUCCUUCAGAAGUGAUUGCUGUUUUUACUGGAAAAAUACUGCAAUUAUUCCAGCAAAUACAAAAUUCAAAUGGUUUUUAAAUUGCUUUAAGAAAAUAAACCUGAAGAGCAACCUCAGUGUUUGGCUGCUGUCCUGAUAACCGGAUGAACCAGGCUUCCUGGUAGUCACUGGAUAUUUUAUAGUAAGGGACUAACAGAUGUACUUUUUAUAUCUAUGGAAAGAGCAAGAGGCAAAUGGAGUUAUGACAUGGCCUUGCCUUUACAGUGGGCAGUUUUUUAUUUUUAUUGUUAACCGCAUUCUAAAUUUACCGGCCAAGAUGGCCAAACACUUUUUUUUUAAUGUAUAAACUACUUUACACAAUGCAGGUUGCAUUUUAGUUUUUUGUCAAAUGUUAUGCCUAAAAAUCUAAUAAUUAAUAGGUAUGUGCAUUUGUCACUUUUUUCCUAGGAAUAAACGAUGAAUAUGGCCGCAGAUAGCAUUAUUCAGCUUUUUUCGGAGCCCAGUUUAUUUAUUUAAAAGUGCAACACACAAAGAUCCGUGCAAAUCCAGAUCUUAGUGUGUUGAAAUUUCAAAUAAAGCUGUCUCUAAAUCUCUGAAUGCCACUACCUGCGGCCAUAUUUGUCAUUGGUUCAUAGGAAUGAGUGCCAAUGCAUAUACCUAGGAAAUAAUAACAGAAGCACACAGUCUCCACUUGUGCUGAGGCACAUAGUACAUUGCUUUUAAUGCUGCCAGGAAUCUGGUUUUGUUGCAGUUGUUAAUCCAAUUACUGGAAUUUUAGACUUCUAUAAAAAUGUUUACAAACUUGUGUCAUACACAA